CAGCUACAGGCGUUUCCGCUUUCUUCCAGCCCACUUCCGGGUCUCCGCCACUUCUAAUUGUUUGGGCGCGAGUUUUUCUAAAGGCUGGUCCCCGAAGAGUUCCAGAGGAAUUAUCCUGAAUGGUGGAAGCGCGUAACUAGCUCGGCGGGUCCACGUUGCAGGAGGGUGUACGCAUUUGCAGGAGAGAGAAUAAGACAGAGGAAAGUGAGAAUACAUCCUCCGGGGAUUGGCCACACUUCACUCCCUUCUGCACUCUCUUCUCAGGAUUUUGGGCAGGGCGUAAGCACACACCACUGAGACAGAGACGGCAAGCAAGAAAUCACCCGCCAGGGGAGAUGACCAUGCUGCCUUCCCUUCCCCUCCUGUCUCCUCUUGGAAUGCCUGAUAAUUAUUCUAUUUAGGUCAAGAUGCCUGGUAAAGCAAGUGCUUCCAAGAAAAAGUCUCAACAAUUGAAACGAAAUCCAAAAAAAAAAGCUGAUGAAGAAGAAGUGGGAUUUUCAGAGAAAGAGGUUAGAAACACAGCAAAACGAAAUAAAAAUCAUCUAAAGCGUUUAUCUUCGGAAGUGACAGGACAAACAGAGCAUCUAAGACAGAUAAAGAUAACAUCCAAGAAGAGAAAAACAUGGCAUUCUCUAUCAAAGAGCACCAGAGAGCAUUUGCUAGCUAUUAUUGAAUCAGCAGUAAUAGCAGUUUUGAGUAACAGUAUUAGAGAAAAAGAACAAAUUCAGUAUCAUCUCAACUUCCUGAAAAAAAGAUUGCUGCAACGGUGUGAAACCCUGAAAGUCCCUCCAAAAAAGCUGAAAGAUUUAACUACUGUGUCAAGUCUACUGAAAAUGGAAACAGUACAGAACAGAACUAAUGAAGAAGGUCUGGCAUUACUGCAGGAAGAAACAGAUAAAAUAGUAGAGACCGUGGAGUCAGUAACUGGAAAUAUUCAGAGACUAAAGAACAAAAUUCAAAUUCUGACAAGUGAAGUGGAAGAAGAGGAGGAGAAGGUAAAACAGAUGUUUCAUAUGGAUAGUAGUAGAGUACUGUCUCUUCCAGAACUUCCUCAGAACAGUCUCAAAGCACCCACACUUCAGGAAGAAAUUUUGACACUAAUUCCAAACCAUAACGCUCUUCUAAAAGACUUGGAUGUUCUUCAUAAUUCAUCACAGAUGAAGAACUUACUAACAUUCAUCGAAGAAGCCUAUAAGAAAUUGGAUGCCUCUUAAAUAGUUUUUACAUGUGUCCUAUUAAUUUAGUGUUUAUGAAUUUGUAACACUGUUAACCUCUGAUGAUAAAAUAGAGGCUGAGACUUCUGCAAAAUGUAUUAUCCCCCAUAGUGCACUUUACCGUAGGUCUAUUAUUAAUGUAGUCCUAAAAACUGUUUUUAGCAGUUGCCACAUCUAUGAAAUCAACAUUUAUAUUGCUCUACCUGCCAUUAUUUGCCUAAAACCACAAAAUAAGAGUAGUUAUGAUCUAAUAGUUUAUAAUGAAAGAAAGGAGCUCAUUUAUUAGUUAACACAGAGGAGUUAUAAAGUAUUUAUGUAUUGUGCCUAGUGCCUAAAAACAUGUCUUUGCUCUUAUUCAUUCUUGAGUUGCUGGAUGUACCUUCUGUCUAGUCAUUUGUCUGGAACUUGAGAACUCCGCAAAUGCCUUCACUCUUUCACCUAACUCCCUAGUCUCUUUAUGAAAUGGUUAAGAUUUGUCAGGUAUGCUUAAGUUUAGAUAUAACAUCAACAUUUUGUUUCUUUGGUUGGUGGUGAAUAGAUGUUGAAUAUUUAUUUUUCACUGUCAUCAAAGUGUAUUUUUACUUCAGAAAAUUAUUUGAAAAGGAAACUAAGUACAUUUAUUGUGUUAAAACAAAAACUAAUCAAAAAAUCCUUCUUUAUAAACUUCUCUUCAUAAUAGUUUUACAUGUGAAUAAAUUGUCAUUAAAUGUAUCAAAAAUCAUAUCUAACCAACUGCAGAAUAUUGUAUUGUUCCUUUUAUCUGUUUGUAAUACAAUCACUGCAAUUUAAUUAUUUUACAUCUAACCUAGAAUUUUUUGCUAAUUAAUUUAGACGAUUCUACAGUUCUACUGAUAGCCUACAGACAGAGAUAGCCAGGAACACACUGUUAAACAAUCAGGUUCAAAGCUUUUCAGACUGAAGGAAAUCACACACCAUGAGGACUCUGGAGCAGCUCAGUACAGGAUAAAAAGCAAUAUCUGCUUAGGAAAUAAUAGUUAAGGAGGACCGUUCAUGGAUUUUAGAGGGAAAUAUUGUCUUCCAAGAAGGAAACCUGGGAAAGCAACUAAAAGUAAAAGAUACUGCAAAAUGUUUAAAAACUCUUCACUUUGAACUUUAAAGCUUGGGACCAGCAGCUGGCAUGGUUGUUAAGGCACCAGACACUCUCACAU